GUGAUGACGUCAGCCUCGCGGAUGUUUUUCUCUCGUCUUUCAUGAGUUUUGUGUUCGAGGCUUCACGUCUCUCCACUCCUCCACCUCCACCUCCACCUGCCGCAGCAGCCAGCCCCGCGGAGAUCCGCCCGGAGCCUCCCUGGCCUCUGAAGGCAGUGCUGAUUCCUGCCUGACGGACGUCCCGCUCCUCCCGCCGUGCCUCCUCCUCGGCCCCGCCACUCGUCGGGUCUCGCUGCUGCUGGCCGUGGAUUGGAGCACUCUCAUUGGAGGCUUUGCGAGGUGGUUUUUCGGUCUGGCGCCGCCUCCCCCCGGGGCCGGCGUGCGCUCCCAGCAGCCCGUGGUGCCCUGCACCCCCCCCUCCCCGUCACUGCACAACAGAGCCCAUGCCCAGGGAGGAGGCGCGGCGCGUCUGCCAGGAGCCAUGUGCCUCCCUCACACCAACAACAUGGACAACAAGCUACCGGGGGUGGGGUCAGGGGGGGCGGCUUCCCUUCGAAAACAAGGGGGAGGCGUUCCGCUGGAGCCGUUCAUACAUCAGGUGGGAGGUCACACCAGUAUGAUGCGUUACGACGACCAUACAGUGUGUAAGCCUCUGAUUAGCAGAGAGCAGCGCUUCUACGAGUCUCUCCCUCCCGAGAUGAAGGAAUUCACUCCCGAGUAUAAAGGCGUGGUGCGGGUGUGCUUCGAAGGCGACUCGGACGGCUACAUCAACCUGGUGGCGUACCCCCACGUGGACCUGGAGGGAGUUCCCGGGGAGCACGAGGAGCGGGACCCCACUGAGAGGGAGCAGCCGAGGAGGAAGCACUCCCGCCGCAGCCUCCACCGCUCCUCCUCCUCCGCCGAACACAAGGAGGAGCGCGUGGACCGGCGGGAGGUGCACGACCCCGACACCCCUGAGAACCUCGGAGAGCUGAAGAGUCCCAGGCUCGACCCGAAGAUUCACUCGGAGGUUCCGUUCCAGAUGCUGGACUGGAACAGCGGCCUGACCUUAGAGAAGAUCACCCACAAUCCCUGGAGCCUGCGGUGCCACAAGCAGCAGCUCAGUCGCAUGAGGUCCGAAUCCAAGGACCGGAAACUCUUCAAGUUCCUGUUACUGGAGAACGUGGUUCAUCACUUCUGCUACCCCUGCAUCCUGGACCUGAAGAUGGGCACCCGGCAGCACGGAGACGAUGCUUCCGAGGAGAAGGCAGCGAGGCAGAUGAAGAAGUGUGAACAGAGCACUUCGGCCACUCUGGGAGUCAGAGUGUGUGGCAUGCAGGUGUACCAGCUGAGCACCGGUCAUUACCUCUGCAGGAACAAAUACUACGGGCGCGGCCUGUCGAUCGAAGGCUUCCGCCAGGCGCUCUAUCAGUACCUGCACAACGGAAAAGGCCUGAGGAGGGAGCUCUUUGAGCUGAUCCUGAAUAAGCUCCGGAGCCUGAAGGCCGUGCUGGAGAAGCAGGCGUCCUACCGCUUCUACUCGUCCUCCCUCCUCAUCAUCUACGAGGGAAAGGAAGCCGAGGGACGGUCGACCCUCCACUCCGGGCCGCACGUUGCCUGGCAACAGAAGACCACCGGCACCCCAUCGGAGUCCUGCUGCGUCCCAGCAUGCAACGCUCCGCCUUCCCCGGACGCUCCCUGUAAAACGGACAUGGGCCAGAACCCAAACCAGGGCUCGUCGUCUUCUCAGGGACCCGGACUCAAAGCCCCGCCCCCUCCCUCACAAGCCCCGCCCCCCAGCUCAGACUGCCCCGCCCCUCCCCGUCAGCACUCAGACUCUCCCCCCGCGGCCCGCGGCCCCACCCCCCCCACGACACAGCAGCAGCAGCAGCUACAGCAGCAGGUGCAGCAGCAGGUGCAGCAGCAGCAGCAGGUGCAGCAGCAGCAGCAGGUGCAGCAGCAGCAGCAGCAGCAGCAGCAGCUGCAGAUGCAGCAGCAGAUGCAGCAGCAGCCGCAGCAGCCGCAGCAGCCGCCCCAGCAGCCCCCCCUGGUGGAUCUCCGCAUGAUCGACUUCGCCCACUCCACCUUCAAGGGUUUCCGCGGCGACACGGCGGUGCAUGACGGGCCGGACAAGGGCUACGUGUUCGGACUGGAGAGUUUGAUCGGGAUUCUGGAGAGCCUUCGAGACGACAAUCUGGCGUAGUUCUGAACUCAUGCACUCACUCUCUCACACACAAACACGCACACACACAUGUAUGUAUUUCUGUCUUUGUGAGGGUUUGUCUUAUUGUGAAGACGAGCCACAACGGUAUGGAGCCAAAUCAAGGCCAAAAGUUUUGCUAAUUUGAAAAUAAAAUUUUAACCUGAAAAUUCUUUUUUACAGUUCCAAUUUUUUUUUUUUUUUUCAGUUUCAGAC